CGGGUUGGUGUUAAGUUGAUUGUUCCAGAAUCGUCGAUGCAGAAAGCCCUUAAUCCGGAAUCUUGGCCAACUCCCAUUAAGUGUCGCGCAUGGGAGAGAGCAUCAAAGCAGCCUUAUAACUCCCGUAACAUUCCUCCACACAUCACAUACAGAUCCCAUAGAUAUGAUGAGUCUGACUAUGCGAGUCGUGAAAUCUUUGAUGAAGAUGAUAGAGUUGAAGCAUACACUAAGUCUCAUAACAAUGAUCAUUACAAUUAUCAUCAUGAUAUGCAGGGCCGUAGGGAGAGGGGGUUCGUAGGGCUCGUGCGAACCCCCCCCCCAAAUCUUGCCUAAAAAAAUUCGAACCCACCCUUUCUGGCAAUUAUGCAAACCUCCAAACUUUGAGUAAAAUUUUUGCAGUCUUUCAAUAAUUUAUCGUUUUUGAUUACCCAAAGACAAUUGAGUUGUAUGUCAAGAUGGAAAUAUGUGAGAUUUAUAGCUUCAUUUUGAGUAAAAAAGACAGAAAAACAAAAAAACUUCUAAUCAAUAAUGGGCGAUGAUAGGUAUGCUCUUUGCACUUUAGGCCUGAAAUACUGAAGUAAUAUCUUCAAAAUGAAUUCAAA